CUUUAUCAGCACAGCUGCCAACCUCGCCUUCAUCUCUCACUGACUCAGGCUGCUUUUCAGGCCUUGUCUUACACUCUUUUCUCCUUCGUCAACAAUCUGUCUUGCCGUUUACACGGUUUAUCGUCAACAUGAUAUCCCUCAACAACAUUUUUGUUGUGCUUGUCAUUCAACUAUGGACUGCAGUCUGCAAUGCCCAGUUCAGUGUUUGGCGCGCCGACACCAGAACCCCUACCGAGAUGCGCGCCGCCGGUCUUUUCGCCCCUAGAGGAGCCAGCCAGAUCCUCCAAAUCGUCCCCAACGUCAGCAUGUACAACCACGCAGUCGGCGCCGACAACGGCGCCAGCCGCGACAAUGACGGCUACGUCUCCACCACCGCCAGCGAGGACACCGCCGUCGGGUUCCUCUCCAACAUGUUCAACGGCAACGGCUACGUCUACGAGAUCGCGGCCGCAGCCAACUUCAUCCAGGUCUCCGGCACUCUGGGCGAGUUCAGCCCGUACCCCAACGAGCAGGAGUACGCGGCGCUCGGAGGCUUCAGCUGGGACCAGGUCAUCCGCUGGAGACACUACACCAACGGCGUUGCGGACGGCGGACUGCAGGAUAACAGCGAGUAUGAGGGCCGCAUCUACAACGGCCUGAGACCCACCAACUCCAUGCCCAGCCUUGCUGGCUUCCCUGCUGGUCACCGUGCUUGGACCUUGUCUCCGUGGAACGCGUUUGCUCAGGGUGGUGCAGGCUGCGGUGGUGGUAACGCUGCCCGCACUCUCUUCGUUCGCCAGGGUACUUGCAACCCUAAGGAGGAUGCUGAGACCGUUGCCAAGAGAUUCAUUGAUGAAAACUGCUGGGCCAAGGACCUCUGCGGUUAA